UAAACAAAAACAAAGAAUUAGUUGAAGAAGUAAAAGUGUUUGAAGUGAACUAGAAUUAUAGUAUUAGAUUAUAUAAAACAUCCAGUUGAGUUUGUGAUAGAAAAACCAAAAUUUAUCAUCAUGGAGAGAAUUAGUCUGAUAUUUGCAUUGAUAGUCAUAUUAUGUGGGUCAAGUGACGAGUACAAAGUAGGUUUGGGAAGAUCGGAUGUUACGGGGCCAAGUGUUGAAAUUGCUUUUAUGGGUUACGCGCAAAUUAAACAACGUGGCCAAGGAAUUCACACUCGACAAUAUGCACGAACGUUUAUUGUCGAAGAUAACUUGGAGAAUCGAAUCGUGUUUGUAUCUGUUGAUGCUGGAAUGAUUUCUCAUGUUGUUAAACGAAAUGUUAUUGGUGAAUUGGAGAAAAAGUAUGGAAACUUGUACACCUUCGAUAACGUGAUGAUUUCUGGAACACACACUCAUAGUGGACCUGCAGGCUUCCAUAUGUAUGUCCUUUAUGACUUGACAUCUUUGGGAUUUGUUUCGGAAACUUUUAUUGCUCUUGUACAUGGAAUAACGCAAUCGAUAAUAACAGCACACAACAGUAUGGUUGAAGGAAGAAUUUUCAUAUCUGAAACGGAAAUUAACAAUGCCAACAUUAAUCGAUCUCCUUGGGCUUAUGAAAACAAUCCCGAAGAAGAGAAAGCCCAGUAUAAAGACAACACAGACAAAACACUUAUUCAACUAAGAUUUAUGGAUAAAAAUAAUGAAAAAGUUUUAGGCGCUUUUAAUUGGUUUCCUGUUCAUGCAACAUCCAUGAAUAGCAGCAACAAACUCAUUUCAAGUGAUAAUGUUGGUUACGCUUCAAUUCUUCUUGAACAGGAAUAUAAUAUAAAUAAACUUGUGGGAAAAGGAAACUUCGUUGGAGCUUUUUGUUCAGCAAAUCUUGGUGAUGUUAGUCCCAACAUCAAAGGGGCGAAAUGUCAGAAAACUGGAUUGCCAUGUGACAAAUUGACAUCAGCUUGUCCACAUAAAGAUAUUUGUGUCGCUUCAGGUCCAGGUCGUGAUAUUUCUGAGAGUACAAAAAUUAUUGGAACGCGAAUUUACAAAGGAGCGUCGUUCUUGCUUGCAACUAGAAUUGGGCGUGAAUUGAUUGGCUCAGUUUCUUUUAUUCAUCAAUUUAUUGACAUGCCACAGCAGUUUGUAACAUAUUUUAAUCCUAAGCUUCGUAUUCAUCAAAACUUUACGGGUUGUCUUCCUGCUAUGGGUUACAGCUUCGCAGCAGGUACAACUGAUGGACCAGGUGCUUUCGAUUUUACACAAGGUACAACUUCAGACAAUCCAUUUUGGAAUGCAGUUCGAGAUUUUAUUGCCGAACCGUCAGAAUACGAUAUUACGUGUCAUGGCAGUAAGCCAAUUCUGAUAGCAACUGGUCGUGCUUCGUUUCCAUAUUCUUGGCAACCGACAAUUGUACCAACACAAAUUUUUCAAAUUGGAGAUGCUUUGAUGUUUGGAGUUCCCGGAGAAUUUACGACAAUGGCAGGACGUCGUUUGAAGGCACAAGUUCAAAAAAUUACGAAAAAUAAAGAUAUUGGAACGCAAGCCAUUGUGUGUGGAUUGAGUAACAUGUACACGAGCUACAUAACGACCCCUGAAGAAUAUGAAAUUCAACGCUAUGAAGCAGCGUCAACAAUUUUUGGUCCACAUACGUUGAGCAUUUAUAUUGAACAAUUUUCAAAAUUGCUUUCAGCAAUGAUCUCUAAAAGCGUACUGAAACCAGGCCCAAUGCCUCCUGAUCAAGACGAGAAACAAAUUUCUCUUAUGACCAAAGUUUAUUAUGAUGGUUACCCAUAUGGAUCAGGCUUUGGCUAUGUAAUAAUGCAACCCAAACAAUCCUAUAAUACGGGAGAAUUGUUAAAAACUUCAUUCGUGGCAGCAAACCCACGAAAUAAUUUAAUGAGUAAUAAAAGUUUCUUUUAUGUUGAAAGACUAAAUCCUGAUGGAAAUUGGAAAGUUGUAGCGACUGAUGCUGAUUGGGAAACUAAAUUCAUGUGGCAACGUGUAUCAAUGAUAUUAGGGCAGAGUGAAAUUGAAUUUCAUUGGGAAAUUCCAAAAGGAACUAAGAGUGGGGAGUACCGUGUUAGACACAAUGGAUUCUAUCGUUAUAUCCUUGGUGGUACUUAUCCCUACCAAGAAUUUGAGAUGAAUCUAACAGUAGAAAAAGAUAUAAUAAACUUGUACACAUUUGAAGCUAAUAAAAAGAUUGAAUUCGUUGGAGCGAAAAAAAGGAAAGGAUACUUCAAAAAAAUUAACAAUGACAGAGAAACAACUCCAGCUGACAGUGGGAUCAAAUCUUCACAUUCUGAGGUGUCACCGGAAUCUCUUUCAUCUAAAAUGUCAAGUUGCAAGUACAAUGAAAUUACUAGAAAAUCAGAUAAUCGAAAGUCUUCUCGAUUACAAACAAUUGAAGAAGAACAAUCGAAACUAAGUCAUGAAGAGAAAUAUCUGUUGAAAGUACUCAAAGAUAAAAAACUGAUAACAUCAAAACAAUCAACUGAAGAUUUAACAAGAAUUUGGUUGCCAAACGUUUUGCUGAGAAAAUUAACCCAAUGUGAAAUAUCAAGACUAAUAAAUGACUGGAGUUUUGUAAAUAAAUUGCAUUUAAUAGAUAAGAUAAAAUUCCGAUACGAAGUAAUUGCAUCACGGAAUUUGAAAGCAGGAGGAGGAUGUUUGGAAUAUUUAGUUAAAUGGUUUCCUGAAAAUAUUCUGGAUGAUGAAUGGAUAGAUGAAAAUAAUUUGCCACACCAUGGUAUUAAAAUAAUCUCUAUACAAAACUUAUCGUGGAAACAAAAACAAUUUUUCUUUGAUCAUUGAUUUCUUAAUUUUCCAAUAGUUCUAAUAGAAGAUAGACUGAAAUCUUCCAUUUAUAUCAACAUUAUAUGCGUGAAUGAAUCACUGCCAGCACCUGAAAACAUUGAUGCCUUUCAAAUCGAAACAAUGACUGUAUAAAUAAAUUAUAAUACUUACCUUACUUCUAAGCUUAACUCAAAAAAGUCUUUAUAAUAAAAAUAUUUACAAAAAUAA